CCGUCACACCCACUUUUCAUUCUCACUUCACCGCGUUCAGCCACAGCUUGCGGAAAAAAGCAGGGCGUAUUGCGCAAGCGCCCUAGGACAACCUCCGGUCCGACUAGCGCAAGCGCAGUCAGGGCGGACUGAGCGCUCAGCUGCCUGCCUGGAGUCCGCAGUACGCAAGCGCGCAACAUCUCCGUUUCCCUCCUCAGGCCCUUGCCCCCCCUCCCACUUUUCCCCUUCACGAAGCCGGGUCCCGGGCGCGCUCACCCCUGUGAGGAGGCCGGAGGCCGGACUCGGGAGGCGCCCACUCCACUCCCGGAAGAUCAUGUACCAUCCCAGUCGGGGGGCGGCCCGGCGUCUUGGCCCCUGCCUCCGCGCCUACCAGGCUCGACCCCAGGAUCAGCUUUCUCCACGGACUCUACCAUUCCCACCCCUUUGGUCCCACUCUACAACAGUCACUUCUCCAUCUUCUCCUCUUUUCUGGUCCCCUCCACCCCCACAUCCUCCAACCCGGUCUCCUUCCCAGGUUUUCCCUCUUCCUCUCUCUCAGGUCCUGACCCUCAACUCAUCAUGGAUGGUUCUCCCUCCAGAAAAGGGGGAGGAGGGACCAGGACCUGAACUGCACAAUGGAUGCCUUGAUGGGCUUAGGAGCCUUUUUGAGGGACCUCCUGGGGCUUUGAUACCUUUCCAAGCCCCUGGAGCUGCCCACCCUUCCCCUGCCACCCCUUCAGGAGAUCCUAGCAUGGAGGAGCACCUGGCUGUGAUGUAUGAGAAACUAAGACAAGAGCUUCCCAACCUCUUCCUUCACUCCCACGACUAUUCUCUCUAUUCAUCAGAUGUGGAAUUCAUCAAUGGGAUCCUCAACAUUCGAACCAAAGGCCGGGCAUGGUAUAUUCUGUCUCUAACCCUUUGUCGCUUCCUGGCCUGGAACUACUUUGCACAACUUCGGUUGGAGAUUCUACAACUAACCCGCCACCCUGAGAAUUGGACACUGCAAGCCCGCUGGCGGCUUGUAGGAUUACCCAUCCACAUGCUCUUCCUGCGUUUCUACAAGCGGGAUAAAGAGGAGCUUUAUAGGACCUACGAUGCCUAUUCCACCUUCUACCUGAAUUCCAGUGGCCUCAUUUGCCGUCAUCACUUAGACAAAAUGAUGCCUUCGCAUUCACCUCCAUCGCCUGUGAAGAAGCUGCUAGUGGGAGCUCUGGUGACUCUAGGGCUGUCAGAGCCAGAGCCCAACCUAAAUGUAUGUCCCAAGGCCUGAGCCAGAAGUCAGGUGGGGCAGCACUGAAAACGUCGCUACGCACAAGAGGAGGUGGAGGCAGCCAAAGAUCUCCAGACCAGUUGCCUCCCCUCUUUCUCUGUCCUUCCUUUCCAUCUCAUGCUGUUUAAAGCUGCUGUGUAACUUGACUUGUAAAUAAUAGUGUAAGUGACUGAUAUGAGAUGGAAUUUCAUGUCACUUUCUGUGCAUCCCACAAGUUCCCACAAACUUUAUUCAAAAAUAAUUUUAUUUAAUAGAUAUUAAACAGUGUACAGAAAGAAAA